CGUUGGUUCGGUAAUGAACGCAGUUGGCCAGUGCCGGGACGGAUUUGGAAACAGUUUUGGAGUUGUGAGUCGGGGGAAAUUCGGUGGAAAUGCUUACUUCGAUUUGCGUGAAAAAAGUUUGAUCAAACAAAUGUGUUUAAUGUACAAGAAAACAAAUGUCAGUGAUAAUGUGAUGUUAAUUAAAUCUCAAAGAAGCUUUAAGUCAUUCAAAUGAUUAAGGGAGUAUUUAACCAGAAAAAUGAGGUGUCUAAAGUAACAAGUGAAACUAGCCUUUGAAAAUCCUCUCCUCACGCUUCUCUUCCUUGUGGCUUCUGGCUGAGCCACGUGCUGCAGUAAAAUUUAUACAAAACACACACCCCCGCUCCUUUUAUCAGUUGCCGAUAUCGAUUGUUGUGGCAGCAGCAACAGAUAAGAAAAAGAAAAACAACUAUUAACAACAUCAAACAACACGAAGGCAUCCAUCGAGCAUUGAUCGAUUAAUCGAAUCAACGUGGAUUAAUUAUCGAGCGGAACAAUGAAGCUGGGUAAAGUCUUCAACCACAGAUUCGUGCUGGGCAGCUGCAAUCUGAUCUUUAUGCUAUGCGGCGUAACCCUGCUGGCCACGGGGUUCUUCAUGUUCACAGAUGCUCCUCGGAUAUUGCUGUCCCGAUUACUGAUAUCGGCCUCGGAACACCACAAAACAGCGCUAUCGGAACUCGAACAACCCCUGUUCUAUUACGUCGCCCUGGGCCUAACCAUAGCAGGCCUCGUUGCCAUAACAGCAGCAUUGCUGGGUUGCUGGGCCUCCUGCAUGAACACCUACUGCGUUUUAACCAUUUACUUUCUGAUAAUUUUGGCUCUGCUAGUAACAGAAUUUGGAGUCUGCCUCAUGAUCACGGCGUGGCCACAAUGUUUAGGUCUAAAUUUGGACGAAACCGCCAUGGUCAAAGCACUACAGGGCAGCUACGGCGUCCCCGGUCACGAACAGUUCACAGCUGCGAUGGAUUUGGCUCAGACCAUUUUCGAGUGCUGCGCCAUCAAUACGGCCAUAAACUAUGACACAUCCCUGUGGAAGUUACAAAGCUUAGGGAAGAAAGAACUAACAGUUCCGCUGACUUGUUGCCGCCUUCAGAACCGAUACGAGUACACAGCCUACCUGGAUCCGGUUCCCUCGAACUUAACCCUCUGCCAGGCGCUUCAACCACACGAUUACGAAGGUCAUCGACAUUUGGAUGGUUGCCUCCACAAGAUCGAAGUGUGGUAUCGGGAGCAAUACUUCCUGUUUCUCUGCGCCGGCUUAAUAGUCGCAGUUGUAGAGUUCUGUGUACUUCUAAGCAUUAUUCUGAGCUGCACUAAACUCCCGCGAAAGUCAGCCUCGCUGAGCCCGGAGCGGCUUCCCCAGGUGUCAACAACGACCUCCAGCCUGAUGCGAUCCGGUAUCGUGGGUCUAGGUGGACCUGGGUCCGGUCUUCGAUUGCCAGUGCGGGAUAACAUCUACGAGCGGGACCUUCCUACUCCGAUCCCAGUUCCCACCAUCAGAGAGACCUACCUGCAGCCCAAAGAAUUUACCAAAGCGAGGCACGAGAACCCAUUCGGUCCCGGGUCCCACUACUAUCAGAUUUCCAAGAGCUAUCUCGUUUAAGAGUAAGAUAAGUAAGUUAUAAAAGGUAAGGUAAGGUGCAAAUAA